UGAAAGCCUCAAAAACUCUGCGAAAAAUUCUUUUGGAGACGUUCGAUCGAGGGUCUAAUUCUGCUGUAAUGACUAGUUGCAGACAGCUUCAAGUGCAAACAGAUGAUCAAACUCCACAUAAAUGGAGUGUUUCAUUAGGUGAAGAUGUGUAUAAAAGGUUUUUCUCUCAGGGAAGUCCAGUAGUGCAAAAAGUAUUCGGGGAUGGAUCGCUGUUCAGUCCAUUUUUGUUUGGAAAAUUCUUUGAUCCUUCUGAUGCAUUUCCGCUGUGGGAAUUCGAGUCUGAUGUAUUGUUAUCGAGUCUCAGAAGCUCCGGCCAGAGUACCGUGGAUUGGUUUCAGACAGAUCAAGCUUAUGUAUUGAAAGCAGAACUCCCAGCAGGAGUUGGCAAGAACAACAGUGUGGAAGUUUAUGUGGAGAAUGGGAAGGUUGUGGAAAUAAGUGGGGAACUGAAGCAACAAAAAGAGUCCAAAAAAUCCAAGAACACAAAGGAUUGGAGGUGUGGACAUUGGUGGGAACAUGGAUAUGUAAGAAAGCUUGAGAUACCAGAAGAUGCAGAUUUGAGGGCAACAGAGGCUUAUGUAAGUCAUGAUGAUGUAAUUUUAGAACUCAGAAUACCCAGAAAGGCUUCAAGCUCCAAUGAUCAAGGAAAUGAAGAGUCUUGAUUAUACAAACAUGGUUAAUCCCUAUGAUACCUGGACUCGGGUACGGGUGUCGGGUAUGGGUACAUAAAGCUGCCAUAAAGGGAGGCAAGGUAAAGUGAAGAGUCCGGGUAUCAUAGGUUAAUCCUUGUAUGACAUAUAUAUAUAGGCAUAUAGAAAUAUAAUCACAGUUUUUUUUUUUCA